GUUUCGUUUAUUUAUGCAAGAAAAAACGGUAGCUUGGUUUGGUUGGUAGCUAACUGUAUGGUAGUAGACUAUAUUUAAUAAAAACUGUCAUAUUUUCUUAACGCUUAGAAAGUGAUGUGAUCAAGUGCUGAUGACUAAAAGUCAAAUACCCUGAAAUCUUAGUUUUUACAGUAUAUUAAUAUAUGAUUUCAUAUUAUCUCAAUUUUUACCAGAACAGGAAGGACCACAAACGAUCCUUAGAGUGAUUAAAAAAACUACUAUUUUAAACUAAUACCAAGAAAAAUUCUGCCCAACAAACAAAGAGAUGAUAAAAAGUAGAUCUUAUUGACACAGUAGUUUUUUUACAAGAUGUCUUCAAGUCUAAUUGUCAUCAAAGUUCACCUGGAGAAAUUAGAAAUCAGCAAAACAUUACAAUUUGAGCCUACAUCUACCAUACAAGAUGUAAUCAAUCUUGUUCGAGCAAAAAUUCCAGAAUCUGCUCCAAAGCAAAAUGAAAACUUUGGAGUGUUUUAUUCUGAUAAUAAUGACCAAACAAAAAGUCAGUGGUGCCAAAAUGAUAGAAACCUUGAGUUCUACGGUUUUACGAAUGGGACUGAGUUGAUAUACAGAGAUAAGCAUCGCUACUUAAAAGUGAAAAUGUUGGAUGGAACCAUCAAGACUGUAUUGGUUGAUGACAGUCAAACAGUAGCUGUUGUUUUGGAAACUAUUUGUGAUAAAGUUGGGAUCACAAAUGUGGAAGAAUAUUCCCUCUUUAUUGAAGAGGGUAAAGACGAGAAGAAAGAAGAAUUUCAGUCUGGUACAUUAAGCAGAAGGGAUAAAUCCAUGAAAACAACAACACUUCAAAAAGUUGAAGAGCGUGACAAAAAGAAAAUGGAUACUUUAAAAAGAAAGUUGCAUACAGAUGAUGAAGUGAAUUGGCUUGGUCAUGAUAAAACAUUGCGGGAAGCUGGAGUGGAGAAAAAUACACUAGUUGUUCUUAGACGUAAAUACAUGUACGAACAAAGUGUUAAUAUCAAAAAUCCUGUUGAAAUCAACUUGUUGUAUGUGCAAUCACGAGAUGGAAUCAUUGAUGGUACCUAUCCUUGUCCACUGGAUGAAGCCUCCAAGUUUGCAGCUUAUCAAAUUCAAAUUCAAUAUGGUGAUUUUGAUGAAGGAAGAUAUAAAUCUGGUUACAUUGAUUUAAAAGAGUUCUUACCAAAAGAGUAUGGAAAGAAAAAAGAAGUUGAGAAAAAGAUUAAGGAUGAACACAAAUCAAUUAUUGGCAUGGAUGCUCUGAAUGCUAAGUACAAAUAUAUUCAACUAUGUCAAAACUUACCAACAUAUGGCGUAACCUUUUUCUUGGUCAAGGAAAAAAUGAAGGGUAAAAAUAAGCUGGUGCCACGAUUGUUAGGUGUAAACAAAGAAAGUGUCCUUCGUGUUGAUGAAAAAACAAAACAGGUCUUAAAAACAUGGCCAUUAACACAAGUUAGACGUUGGGCUGCUUCGCCAAACAGUUUUACCUUGGAUUUUGGUGAUUACACUGAAGGUUAUUACUCAGUUCAAACACCUGAAGGAGAGCAGAUCAGCCAGCUUAUUGCUGGCUAUAUUGAUAUCAUUCUUAAGAAGAGAAAAGCUCAUGAUAUGUAUGAGAACGAUGAAGAUGAAAACAGCCCUAUAUUAGAAGAGCAUGUUGUUCCAAAUAAGGCCACUGUACUCCAACGUCAAACCAAUUUUGCAAAAAACCCGACAACAGGUUCUGUUGCUCUUCCUGCUGUUCUACGACCUGGUGGUCAAGGUCCGAACACAUUUGAAGUUGGAAACAUGGGAGAUGAACAAUUUUCUAGUACCAGAGGACUUACCCAUUCAGGCCAUCAACAGCCUCCAGGACAGCAGGCACAUAUCGGAAAUUUAUCUUCUGGUCAAAAAGCUAUAAUGAAAAAUAUUGAUGAUGGAAAUCAAAAAAUCAAAGUUGUCAUUGAAGAACUUUGUGAGCAAGGUCCAGACCUGCCAGACUUAAAUACUGAUCCACAAUCAAUGAGAUGGAGAGACAAUCAGAUGGAGAUAUCCAAAAACAAUGUGGCAAGCCGACUUGCUGCUAUGUCUGCUGCAACUGCAGCUAUCAUUUCAUUAACAUCAGGUGACCCUGAGAACUUUAAUUACACAGCAGUUGGUGCAGGUGUCUCAACAAUCACAUCCAAUUUGGAGGACUUAGUUCGUGGAAUUAAAAUGUUGGCUGCUUUCAUGGAUGAUGAUGGUGACAGUAAAAGUUUACUUGACGCUGCAAAAGAUUUAGCCAAUGCAUUUUCAAGUUUUCUUGGUGCAUUAAACCCGGCUGACGACAAACAAAGGCAAGACUUGCUUAACGUUGCUGGAAAGAUUGGAGUAGCAAGUUCAUCAAUCAUGACUGCAAUUGGUGAUCCAGAAGCAGAUGCCGAGUUUCAAGAUCUUCUUUUACAGCUUGCCAAGGCUGUUGCGAAUGCCACUGCAGCUUUAGUAUUACAAGCUAAAAAUGUGACAAGUGCUAUUGAUGAUACCGUAGCGCAAGAUAAAAUCAUUGAUGCUGCAAAAGACACUGCUAUGAACACAUCACAAUUGGUAGCAUGCACCAAAGUUCUUGCACCUCAUAUUAACAGUCCAUUGUGUCAAGACCAGAUGAUAGAAGCUGCAAAACUUGUAGCCACAAGUGUUGAUGCUGUUGGUGAAUCCUGCUACGCUGCUACAGAGGAUCCAGUGCAUACCAAGAAUGUCCAAGAUUCAUCUCAAGCAGUUACUGAUGCAUUAAAUAAUUUGCUUCAACAUAUUCGUGAUGGUGCACGCAUUAGACCUGGUGGACCAUUUGAUACUGUGUGUGAUGACAUACUGAAUGCAACAGAUAAAUUGUACAACAGUAUGGGUAAUGCAGGAGAAAUGGUGAAGCAAGCUAAAGUUUUAGCUCAGGCUACUUCGAAACUUGUUAAUGGUAUUAAAGGUGAUGCAGAGGAUGAAGAUGAUGAUGACACGCAAAAGAGACUUCUCGCUGCUGCAAAAGUACUUGCUGAUGCCACUGCUAAGUUGGUAGAAGCUGCAAAGGGUGCAGCUAAAAAUCCCAAUGACAAGAAUGAACAAGAGAAGUUAAAGAGAGCAGCUGAAGACUUGCGUGUUGCUACAAAUGCUGCUGCUAGCAAUGCACUGAAAAAGAAACUGAUCCUUCGGUUAGAAAACGCUGCCAAGCAGGCUGUUGCUUCUGCUACACAAUUAAUAUCAGCAUCAAAAGCAGCUGCUCCAAGUAAUAGAAAUCCAGCCUCACAACAGCAGCUUGAUGAUUCAGGAAAGGUGGUCAAUGAAAGCUCUCAUGAUUUGAUACACAAUAUUCGAGACAGCCACAACAAUCCUGACAGUCCUGCUGCUCAAUUAGGACUGAUCACAGCUUCACAGAACUUCAUUCCACCUGCUUCAAAGUUGGUAGCUAAUUCCAAAGCCGCUGUCCCUACUGUUGGAGACAAUGCUGUUGCAUAUCAGUUGAAUAAUUCACAGAAAAAUACUCAAAAUGCACUUAACGAGUUACGCAUUGCUGCAGAGAAGGCUGCUGAGGCAUGUGGUUCACUCGAGAUUGAUAAUGCUCUUGCUGCAGUAAAAGAAUUAGAGGUGGAUUGUGAGCAAAUGAGAAUUGCUGCUGAUGAAGGACAACUUCAACCAUUCCCAGAUGAUAAUGCUGAUGAUCGUGCUUUAGAAGUUGGUGCUUCAUCGAAAACAGUUGGUGCAACAAUGGCUCAACUUUUAACUGCUGCUGCACAAGGCAAUGAUAGUUACACUGGAAUUGCAGCACGUGACACUGCCAGUGCCUUGAAAGUGCUGGCUAAUGCUGUGCGCGGUGUUGCAGCUACUUCUGAUGAACCGAAAGAUCAGCAAGCAAUAUUGAAGGCUGCAAAAGUUGUUAUGCAAGAGUCUGCUAAAUUGAUUGAGGAAGCUAAGCAUGCAUUGGAGAAUCCAAAUGAUCCCAGCAACCAACAAAAGCUGGCCCAGGUCGCAAAAGGUGUUUCUCAUGCUUUGAAUAAUGUUGUAAACUGCUUACCAGGCCAACGUGUUGUAGAAGAUGCUAUUGAAGAAAUUAAUAGAACCAGUGAAGUUCUGUCUGCUCCUGAGAUUGUGUUCCCAGAAACUGACGAACCUUUCAGUCAAGUUCAAGAAAAGUUGAACCAAUCAAGUCUUAAUUUGAAUGCUGCAGCCAAUGAGGUUGUGCAUGCUGCAAAGGGACCAACUGGUCAACUUGCGAAAGCGUCUGCGAAAUUCUCACAUUCCUACCAAGACUUCCAACAUAGUGGUUUAACACUUGCAGGGCAAAUAAAAGACAAGGAAGCACAAGAUCAUUUGAUCAAUGAUCUACGAAAGACAUCAACGGUCAGCAGUAAACUGUUACUUGCUUCCAAGUCAUUGGCUGCUGAUCCAGGCGCACCAAAUGCUAAAAACUUGUUAGCUGCUGCAGCCAAGGGAGUAACUGACGCGAUCAACCAACUGCUUAAUCAAGCUCUUACUGCAGCUCCUGGCCAAAAAGAGUGUGACUCUGCUGUUCGAAAUGUUGAAGCUAUGUCGCAUGUCCUCGAGAAUCCUGUCGAACCUGUGAACGAAGCAUCCUUCUUUGAAUGUUUGGAUACUGCCACAGAAAAAUCUCAGCAGCUAGCACAAUCCAUGCAAGAUAUAACAACUGCUCUAAAGAAAGAAGAUGCUGAGCACCUAGCUGAAGCAGUAGGGGGUGCAUCAGAUGCUGUGUGCCAUCUCACAGAAUCAACAGCUCAAGCUGCUUAUUUGGUCGCUAUUGCUGAUCCAUCAAGUACUGCUGGCCGAGCAGGUUUAGUUGACCAAUCACAGUUUGCUAAAGCACGCGAUGCUAUUCGAGAAGCGUGUGACGGUUUAUUAAAUCCUAACGCAAACCAACAGCAAGACAAAAAGAAGAUGUAUUAUCGGGUCUUAUCAGCAGCAACAGUGAUAGCUAAGCACACUGCUGGUCUGUGCAACGCAUGCAAAGCUGCUUCCGCUAAAACUGACAAUCCAGUUGCUAAGAGACAUUUUGUACAAUCUGCUAAAGAUGUUGCUAAUAACACAGCUAACUUGGUUAAGUUUAUCAAGGUUUAUGCCCAGGACAUGUCACCACGAAAUCGCAACCAUUGUCAAGAAGCGACAGAACCACUCCUCGAAGCUGUGGACAACUUGGUGACGUAUGCGUCAUCACCGGAAUUUGCAUCUGUACCUGCGAAGAUCAGUGCUCAGGCAAAAGCAGCGCAAUAUCCAUUAAUUAUGUCUGGUAAAUCGAUGGUAUCGUCAAGUACACAUUAUUUCACCAGCACUAAGACAUUAGCUGUAAACAACAAAGAUCAACCAACAUGGCAACUGUUCGCUACUCAUUCACGUGCUUUGGCAGAUGCUAUGAGGAAAAUUGUUUCUGCUAUUAAGGAGAAUGCUCCUGGCCAGCAAGAAUGCGAUCAAGCUGCAGACACAAUCAAUAGAUCAAUCAAUAAAAUCGACCAAGCCUCUCUUGCCGCUAUAAGCAAUAACUUAAAGCCUACCACAGAAGAUUCUUUGAAGGGUUUCGAAGAAAAGAUGAUGUUAACAUGCGCACAACUGCAAGAAGCAAUCCCAAAUACAGUGGAAUAUGCGAAAGGUGCUCCUGAGAAGAUUGGUCACUCUGUUAUCAAAUUAGCCAAUCUGAUAGAUCCAUUAGCAGACAGUGCUAUCGGUUUUUCAUCAAAGCUUCCAGGUGGUUCAGAAAAACAGAACGAGUUACUAAACACUGCUAAAACAGUUUGUGAAUCAGCUGCUCAACUUGUAUACGCAACUAAAGAUGCUGGCGGUAAUCCUAAGGCUGUCAAUUACCAUCCUGCCGUGGAUGAGGCUGGCACAGACUUUAUCGAAGCAAUCAAAGACCUUACCCAACAAUUAGAGGAAACUGCAGGCGAUACCGGUGCUGUAACUGCUCUCGUUGACUCGAUUAACAGAGCGCGAACUUCUAUCAAUAUGUUUGUUUCGGAUUAUCGGGACAGAGGAAUCGCCGAGGCUCCCAUUGGAACGUUUGUUGAACACCAGGGCAACAUGGUAAAAGAACUGAAAAAUAUAGCACGGGAUGCGCAAGACAUGGUUGGCAAGGCAAACACUAAACCAAAGGAACUGGGAACGAUUAGUCAAGAUUUGUGUAAAAAUUACAACGCGUUGACUGAAGAUACUAAACACGCAAUAAGGUUGUCAAAUCAACCUGAGAUCGCAGAGCGUCUUAAAGUGAGCGUGGACACACUUGGAGAUUCGUGUGCUGAAUUAGUACAGUGUGCUGGAAAUGUUCAAUCCAGUCCUAGUGACUCAUAUGCAAAGAGAGAGUUGUCAGACAAAGCAAAGAAUGUUUCAGAAAAGGUUUCCUACGUGUUAGCAACAUUACAAGCUGGUUCAGUUGGAACACAAGAAUGCAUUAACGCUAUCAGUACGCUAGCUGGUAUUAUUGGAGAUCUGGAAACAACUGUUAUGUUCGCCCAAGCUGGCACAUUAAACCCUGAAAAAGAAGGCGAAACGUUCGGUGAUCAUCGUGAGACUGUUUUGAAGACUGCAAAGAAUCUUGUAGAAGAUACGAAAAAUUUAGUUGUGGCUGCUCAAGGAAGUCAAGAACAACUAGCAACAUCUGCCCAAAAUGUCUUAGGAAGUAUGACCAAGUUGGUGGAUAAUGUUAAACUUGGUGCAGCUGCUCUUGGUUCGGAAGAUAUGGAAGCACAAGUGAUGUUGCUGAUGGCUGCCAAAGAUGUUGCAACAGCUCUCACUGAUCUUAUCAACAGCACAAAGAAUUCGUCUGGCAAAUCCGCUACUGAUCCUGCCAUGGAGACGCUCAAGGUGUCAGCUAAGACAAUGGUAACCAGUGUAUCUUCGCUUCUCAAGACUGUUCGUAGUGUUGAAGACGAAGCAUCGAGAGGAGUUCGGGCAAUCGAGUCAACUGUUGAUGCUGUUCGCCAAGCAGUUAUUAACUUGCAAGUUGGUGAUCCUGAAAAGACAGCAUCUCCAGAAGAUUUGAUCAGAGCAACAAAAGGUGUUACGUUAGCUACUGCGAAAGCUGUAGCUGCUGGACAUUCUGGCAAGCAAGAAGAUAUUGUCCAAGCUGCCAAUGUUGGAAGAAGAUAUUGUACAGAAUUACUGGUGGUUGUAAAAGCCGCCGCUUUCAAUGCUGAAUCUGAAUCAAUACGUGUAGCUACUAUAGUCAAAGGUCGUGACACUGCCCAAGCCUAUUGUGAAGUAUUGGACCAUGUGGCAUCGGUUAUUGUACAUCCUACACCACAGAAAAAACAACAUCUUACUGUGCUGUCAAAGAAAGUCGCCUUUUCUGUCGGUGAACUUGUUAAAUCUGCAGAAGAACUUAAAGGUGCAGAUUGGGUUAAUCCUGAAGAUCCUAAUGUUAUCGCUGAGAACGAACUUCUGGGAGCUGCGGCUUCCAUUGAAGCGGCUGCCAGAAAACUUGCUGAGCUUAAACCGCGUGCACGACCAAAGCAAGCCGAUGAAUCAUUAAAUUUCGAAGAACAAAUUCUUGAAGCUGCAAAAUCGAUCACAGCUGCAGCUGGUGCACUGGUUAAAGCCGCUACUGCUGCUCAAAGAGAAUUAGUCGCUACAGGACGAGUAUCUAGUGAUCCUUCCAGCGCAAGUGGGGACGGGCAAUGGUCACAAGGGCUUAUUUCGGCGGCUAAGCUUGUUGCUGCUGCAACUGGGUCUCUGUGCGAGGCUGCUAAUGCCGCAGUGCAGGGAAAUGCUAGUGAGGAGAAAUUGGUGGCUUCCGCUAAAGCUGUUGCUAACUCGACCGCACAACUGUUGCUCGCGUGUCGUGUUAAAGCUGAUCCUAAUAGCAAGACUCAACAAGGGUUACAAAGAGCAGGUUCAGCCGUCAAACGAGCCGCAGAUGCUUUAGUAAAAGCGGCUCAAGGUUCAGCAGUUUUCCAAGAAGAGGAGAUCGAAGUGAAUCUCAGCACAACUCUCACGGGAGGUUUUAAAUCAGAACUUGAGAUUCAGGAGGAGAUUUUAAGGAAAGAAAGAGAGUUAGAGAGAGCCAGAGCUAAACUCGUCAAAAUUCGUAAAGAACGUUACCAUGACGAUGAAGAAGACGUAUGAAGUUUUGCGACGGUUUCCGAAGCGGUGAUAAUGUGGUAACGUUGUUGACUUACGUGUCAAUUUUAACGAAUAAUUAUGCUAAUUAUUCGUUAAAGGUUGGUGUCAACCCACGUGACGGAUCCACAGUAGUAGCUACGAUACAUAUUAAGGAUUUGUUUCGUAUCAUUUUCUUGUUUUUUUUUUAUAUCGAUAAAAAUAGAAAUAAUUUUGUAUAGUACCGUUAACUUUCAUUUUCUGUACUCAUAACAACUUAUUAUGUGUUCUGUAAGAUAUCUUUUAAUCAUUCUGCAAAGUAAACAGCCGAUAAAAUUUCAGAAGUACUCGUUGUUGCGCAGCAGUUAGUAUAAAGUACAAGAGACUGGGUACGAUGUCUUGCAAUUUUUUUGAGCGUUGAAAUGAGACUGUGGUAGCUGUCUUAGGAUUAUAUAUAUGAACGUUACAUUUGAUUUAUAUUCUUCAUUUUUUAAACGAUAACAUAAAAUUGUAUAAACUUUUUGUUUACUAGAAUAAACACAAAUUAGCAUAA